UAUCGUUGGCCGCCAACGUAUGAACGUGAACGUUAUCGGUUUUCUACGUUUAUGGUCCGAUCUAUGGCGUUGUGUGCGAUGAGUGCAAGUGGGAGUGGAGACGAGUUGAAGGCAGAGACGGAGACCCUGAAAGCCAAGCUGAGCCAGGUACAGCACACGUUCCUAGAAGAAUGGUCUGGAGACAUGACUGCUGCCAUGGCAGAGCAGAAGAAGAGGCACGAGGAGGUCAUGAGAAAAGGAAAAGAGGACAUGGAAGCAUUGAAAGCAACACUUGAGCAGUUGAAAGGUCAGGCUAAGACAAACCAGAAAGUCAUGGAGGAAAGAAUUGGUAAAAUGAAGCAGCUCAGGGAGGACAUUGGCACAGUAACAACAGAGACAGACUCUUUGUUGAGAGAGAAAGAACUUGCCAUGGAGGAAAUGAAGUCCAUGCAGGAAUACAUUCAGAAGCAAAAAGAAUUAAUAACAGCCCAAGAACAAGCCACCCAUCAGAGGUUAGAUGAACUACAGAAGGCUUCAGAAUGGUUUAAAGACCGAUUAGGAAUACAGUUCAAGAAAACAUCAGGGAACAGACUUCAGAUGGUGUUCACAUGUAUAGACCCCAAAGACACAUCCAGGCCUUUCUUCUUCUCUGUAAAGAUAGAGGCAGAUGGGACCUACACAGUGUCGGACUGUGAACCAGAGAUCGAGAAUCUUCCAGAGCUGGUUGAAAAACUGAAUGCAACCAACAACUUCAGGUCCUUUGUGAUCACGAUGAGAACUUUGUUCAAGGCGAAAGUGUGUGGGUGAUAGAUAUAAAAUAUGGACACAGAAAUGGGGAGUAGAGCUUUAGAAGUGCCAGUUCUUCUUAUGCAAAUAUAUUGCCAGUCAGCAAUAUGCUUGUUUUUUAAAGGUCACUCAUGAGCUGUAUGCAGGGGGGAUGAUAAUGUGACAGGGGGGGAGGGGGGGUAUUUUUAAUGUUUUUUUUUUCUUUGAACUGCUGUUCAUCUUGUUGUAAAUACAAGUCAGAUAAAUGGUUGCAUUUCAUAAGUCUAAAGACAUGUGAAGUGGAAAUUUGGUGCACAUGAAUCUUAUGGCAGUUUUAAGCAGCUUUUGAUAUACUUUUAAAACGAUCUUGUGUGUAAGUGUGAACAUCAUUUUUUAAGGCUGGUCUUCCCAAUUAUUUUUUUUCUUAGUGAAACAUCUGCUUAACAAUAGUCGUAUCAGUUUUGUUAAUGAUGUUAAAAGUAUGUACUUUUCAAGCUAGAAUAAUACUUUUUUCCAGCCGUUUUUUCUUUUAAUGUUGAAAAAUGCAGAUUUUGUAAAUACCUUAAUUGUUAAUACUGUGCUUACAUAAAUUUUUAGAAUAAAUGCACUAACUUAACGGA